CUGUGCGACGUCAGCUCGGUCACCGAGGAUGUGUUGUACACUACGUUCGCUCUUUCAUUUCUUCCGAUGCCUUCGUGGAGGACGUGGGGCUGUAUAGCUCCUCUGGUAGCUUCUCGAGCCGAUAAUAUCCGUAUAAUACGUGCGUAGCACGGGCAGCGCGAUCGAAAACGCAAAAGAAAAAAAAAAUCCAGAGCGAAAGACACCCUCUAAAGAAUUUAGCUUGGCCAGAAAAAAGGGGCGGUGAAGAGGGCGGGCGUUUUGACCUAUCGGUGUCGAGUCGUGUGAUUUAAAGAAAUACGUCGCGGUACACGAAUGAUGACUGUUCAUCCCCCGUGGGCGUGAGGACGUUUACAUAUAUAUAUAUAUAUAUACACAACCAGACGUUAUUCGUUAUUCUCGAACCAGUUUCCGUACGCGCGCACGGGUGCGUGUAUAUGUGCGUGUUUGUGUCCUGUGUCGCGAUCCGUGGAGGACCAGGAUGGAUUACGUGCAGAUAAAGGAUAUCCGCGCGGGCCAGAAAAACAUCAACGUAGUAUUUAUCGUUUUGGAGGUUAGCCUCCCUACCAUCACCAAAGAGAACCGCGAAGUUCGAACGUUCAAAGUGGCCGACAGCACCGCCUGCAUGAACGUCUCCAUCUGGGACGAGCCCGGUCAGCUUCUGAUGCCGGGCGACAUCGUGCGGCUCACCAAGGGCUACGCGUCCGUCUGGCGGCAAUGCUUGACUCUGUACUCGGGCAAGAACGGCGACAUCCAAAAGAUAGGCGAGUUUUGUAUGGUGAUUAACGAGCAGGUUAACAUGAGCGACCCGAAUCCCUUGCUGGCGCAGCAGCUGGUCAAUCAAAGUGGUUCGGGUCCGCCCCCGGGUAGCAACGUCAACAACAGUAUCACUAAUAACGGCAACGCUAACAGCAUCUCGAGUCAACCGCCGGGAACGGGACGGCAGCCUUUGGCGAGUCAAAGUAACACAACAACCCCCGGUAGUGGAUCCGCGCCGAGUUCGACGACCGCAAAGAGCGGAAAUGGGGGCGGUGGUGGUGGCAACGGCGGCAACACCACCAGCGGCAGUGGAGGCGGCAGUGGCAGUGGCUCAGGUCUCUCCGGUGGCUCGGUGCGAUAUUCCUCGUCGGACUCGACGACGAAGUCGGCGCCGACGGCCAAGAGCAACUCGCGCGGACGCGGCGGCUACAGGAAUGGCGGUCGCAGCGACCGGAGAUAACACACGAGAAGGAAGCGGCUGAUUAUAUGCGUGUAAACGAGAGAACGAACGAAUGAACGUGGUGCGCGCGACAGAUCUGCGCGAUUGUAUACGUUAUUUUUUUAAAUUUUCGUUGCGCGUUUUGUUAAACUAGGGAACUAUCUACGUGUCAUACAUCGGGGAUAGCGGUCAAUCGUCGCUGGGAUAUUUUCUGAGAGCGAGUACGCGAAAUUUCGUUUGUUUCAGUAAUUUAUUCGAUUACACCAUCUCGAGCGAUUCUGUCGCUGUGACGUUUUAAAUUGUUUUGGCUAUUAUUCGAAGUCUCGGAUCUCUCAAGAAUCUUUAAAAAAAGAUGCCUCCUUUCCUAGAAACAAAGUGAUAAUCUUAACAAAUGUAAAAAUCUUGAAAUUUUCGAAAAUAUUAAAAGCCACGAACGAUUAAAAACUUUUCACGAAACAGUGGAAGUACUUUCUAUACAGCAUGUCGUAAAAUAUAUAUUUAUAAUAUAUAUAAAUUUUUUAAAUGAAAGUUAGAAAAAAGUAUGUUUUUA